UCCCCCCAAUACCAGCCGUCCAUGAUGCUGAAGUUUGACUUCCAACAAAGACAAUCGGAGGGUGAUAAAACUAUUGUACACCUACUCCUUACCUCCAGGAAAGCAAAGUUUCUUUCUAGACGACGUUUCCUGCUUGCAACGUCGAAGGUGGUGUGAAACCAAGUCUUUUCUUCUUUUUGACAUUCUGAAAUUCAAAUCCCUCUUCGAUCUCUCUAUAUAUAUCUUUCCACUGCCUCUUCCACUUCCAUCCUUUCACAAAUCCAAAACCUUCUUCUUUCUCUUCUCUUGUGCUUCCGCAACAUUUUCAUAGCUUUUCUGAAUUCUGAGGCUCUGUUGUUAUCCAUGGCGACCCCAUUCGAAGGAGUUUCCUCCGCAUUAGAGCUUAUUAAGCUUCACUUGCUCGGUGAGGCCUCUCCAGUGGGUAGUUUUGUGUCUCAAUCUCUGUCCGACUCUGUCGGUUCCCAAGCUUCGAGCUCCGGCUCUUCCAUGGCAAUCCCAGACCCUUUCAGCUCCGACGACUUCUUUGACUUCACCUUCGACACCGAUUUCUUCCAAUUCCAAGCGAACCCAGAAAUAAUCGACCUCACUACGCCCAAAUCCCUCACCUCAACCUCGCAAUCGACCGACGGGUGCUUCGAAUCUGAAGCGAAAUCUUCGUUGGUGGAUCUCAGAGCUCCCCAAACCCAACCCAACAGCAGUUGUUCCUUCGAAUUCGAGUCUGGGUCUCCAACGAAUCGGAAACCGGCGCUGAAGAUCUCGCUCCCGGGCAAAAGCAAAACAGAGUGGAUCCAAUUUGGGAACCUGAAUGCCCAACCCGAACUGUCGCUGCCCGUACAGGAAAACCCAAGUGUUGAAUUGAAAAAGCACUACAGAGGGGUCCGACAAAGGCCGUGGGGCAAGUACGCGGCGGAGAUCCGAGACCCCAACCGUCGCGGCUCGCGCGUGUGGCUGGGGACCUUCGACACGGCUAUCGAAGCCGCCAAGGCUUACGACAGAGCCGCGUUCAAGCUCCGCGGCUCAAAAGCCAUCCUCAACUUCCCACUCGAAGCCGGGAAGUUAGAAACGAAGGCCGCGUCUGGCGAGAGAAAACGGCGUCGUGAGGAGGAGGAAGCAGCCGAGGAGACGGUGGUGGUGAAGAAGGAGAGGUCGACGGAGUCCCACCAAAACACAGCUAGUUCUAGUUGCACGAGGGAUAUACCGUUGACGCCGUCGAGUUGGACGUCGGUGUGGGAGUGUGAUGUUAAAGGCGUUUUCAGCGUUCCUCCGUUGUCUCCGUUGUCCCCUCACCCGCCGUUUGGUUUUACACAGCUUAUGGUUGUAUGAGUGUUUUGAUUUCUGGUCGAUCAGUUGUCAAAUUCCUUUUGGAUUUUCUUUUCUGUUUUUAAAGUGAAUAUAAGUAAUUUU